AUGAUAAAAAACUUACAUAGAACUGUUAUUAUCAGAACUUCAAAUAGUCGUAAACAAUCUACUUCGUCUGUUGAUUCUGAUAGCACUUCAACAAAAUCAGAAAUAAAAUUUAAAUAGCCAAUAUUUAUUUAACAGCCUCUUUAACCCUUAAAAGAGGUCAGCGAACCUAAUACUCCAGAUGCUGUGAAAAUUCCAUAGACUUAAAAAGCUAAUUCUAGAAAGUCAAGAUUUUAAAAAGCUAUUCCUUAGACAAAAUAAGAAAGUAGUUCAUCUUCAGACUCAAGUUCAGAUGCAUCUGAACAUAAUAUUUGGAAUGAUGAUGAAAUUUUAUUAAAGGGAGUUCAUUUAGGGGAUUUCUCAUACUUAUCACCAACUGAUGAAUUACAAAUGUUAUACAAAAUAAGAUUUGAAACUUACCCUCACAAAAAAGAAUAAAUUUCAGAGGAAUAGUUAGCGCUUGAAGUUUAAAGACUUAUAAAUAAAUUGAAAUUCCAUUAUUUGAAAUAUAAAAAGAUUUUGCCUCUAGACAAUCUCUAGGAUUAUACUAAGUAGUAUAAUAUUAAUGAUGAUAUAAAUUAUAUGAGAUUUUGGGAUUAUUUCAGGGUAAGAACAAAUCAUAGAAAGCAUAAAUAGUUAAUCAUGCCUACAAAAAACACUAAGGAAAAUCGAAGUUAAUAGCCCUUAAACCCAACAAUUAGAAGUUAAUAGCGUAUUAAAACUGAAUAUCGAAUCAAAAGCUUGAAUACAAGAAGAUUAUGA